AUGGCCCUCCUGGCUCACUCUCUGGCGCUGCUGGCAAUGACCGUGGCCACCGUGGCCAUCAAGGUGGUGCCCCUGGACAUGGCCCGGGAUUCCUUUGAUGACCAGUACCGGGGCUGUGGCCCUGCCAUGAUUGCAGCGUUGCCAUCACUCUACAGCUUCGAGUACCAGAAGAAUCCUCGCUUUGCCAAUGGCUGGGUGAAGGCCGAGGCUGAGUGGCACAAGCGGGGCUCUCCUGUGUCCCCUCUGGCGUCCCAGUGGCAGGCCGUGGCUCUCCUGGCAUACACGUCACAGCAUGUGUACAUGGAGUUCAACGCUGCCGUGCGUGCAGCUGGGCGCUCCCUCCAGGAAUACCGGAACAACUUCCACUUCAAAAUGCUGCAUUUCCUGCUGACUGAUGCCCUGGUGACACUGAGGCACGCUCAGAAAACGAAGUGUCACCACGUGUUCCGGGGUGUGCGUGACAUUCGUUUCCAGGCACGGCGUGGCCAGAGGGUCCGGUUUGGUCAAUUCACAUCGACUUCGUCCCGAAAAGAGGUUGCGCUGCACUUUGGGAAAGACACUAUUUUUGAGGUGCACACGUGCCAUGGCGUGGACAUCCAGCAGUUUUCCAUGUAUCCAGGGGAGGAGGAGGUGCUGAUCCCACCCUUCGAGACCUUUGAGGUCACAAAAGUCACCCAGAAUGGGAGGAGGACAUGGAUCAGUCUCCGCUCCGCCGGGACAUUCAGCAAAUACAACUGCGAGUGGCAGUGAGGUGACAGCACAGGGGACAGUCUGGCACGGUGGGGACACCAUCCACUGUGGCCCUGGGGACACCCAUGAUAAGGCACAGGGGACAAUGAUACUCGCUGGGCAUGGUAGACUGGGACACCUACAGUGUUUGGGAGGGGAAGGACACCCAGUUCUGGUGACACCAAGUUUGGGGGGCACCCACUGUGGGCAUGGGGACAGGAAUGCCCAUGAAAGGUCACCGGGAUUGGGAUUCCCACUUCUGGGAGGGGACAGUGACACGAACACCUCAGCCAAGGGAGGACAGAGACUGGGCCCCACCCAUACUGACCCUAUCCCUCCCUUCCAAAGGUAGUGCUGGGGGGACACGCCCUGUGUGCUGGACACAGGUGAGGCCGGGCCCUACGUGGCACUCUCUGAACCUCUGUUACACCCUGUCA